AUGGCAGACAAGCAAAGCCGCAAGAUUGCUAUCGUCGGAGGCAGUGGUAGUGUUGGCUCUCCAACAGUUGAAGCCCUCCUUUCCCAUGGCAUCCACACCGUUACAGCAAUUUCGCGGAGUGAAUCAACAGCAACAUUCCCUUCCGGCGUCACUGUUAAGAUAGGAUCUUACAACGAUGAAGAAUUCCUUGUCGUAGCUCUCAGAGGGCAAGAUGUGCUGAUCCUCCAACUUGAGUUCAUGGCACUCGACUCCCAAAUCCGCUGCGAAAGCUGGUGUACCAUUGGGUUAAUGGCCAUGAAAAACAAGUAUAGAGACCAGAUUGAUAGUUUAGGCGUCAGCAGCUGGAUCGGCAUUGUUAACGGUCCAUGCUUGCCAGACUCCAAACUCUCCGCUUUCAAGAACGACUUUGUGUAUUUCAGCUCUUUCCUCGUGAGCCAGCGUGAUGUCUUUGAUAGCGUCCUCAGUGGGACCGGCACUAAAGAGUCCGACUGGGCCAUUGAGAGCGAUUCCCCCGACAAAGCCGCCGAUGCAGCGAAAGAAGCGAUUCGGCAAGGAAAUGAGAUGGGGAACGUUAAUUCGCUGUUUGCAACACUGUCCAUGGUGGGAGACGGAGGAGACUACGAAGCAAAGGUGAUGGGAAAUGAUUUCCUAGGGCUGGAGCAGGAAGAUUUUGACAAGGUUGUGAAAGAUCUUGUGGAGAAGAUGGAAUAA